AUGAGCUCGCACACAAAGACACUGCGCGACUGCCUCGUUCGGCACAAGCCUUACAUCCCGUGCACGUCUCAAACGCUGGGCAACACCAAGUCUGCAAACUGGCCCGGCUUUACGGUCAGCCUCUGGAAAGAGUUCAAUAUCCGCACUCUGAACGAAAGCUACGGGCACAUUCUCGAUACAGCUUUGCCACCGCACAUCAUCGACAACGUGCCGUCCACUGAACAGCUACAGGGCCUCACAGUCAUUGACGACAGUGGACCCUUCAACAUCAUUGGCUGGAACGACAAAACCGUCCUGCCACUGGUCAAGUACGCAAAGCAGGCCAUGGCCUUACACGUCGGCGCGGCCGUGCACCACAAGCACACCAGUUCCGACAAUUCGACCGUGGCCAAGCUCGCGACGGCUUCCAAACGGACCACCAUCGACCACAUCAUUGAGCUGGGCAACUACCGGCGCGACGUUUUGGUCGUCGGUCUAGGCCGGACCAGCGUCAAAUGGCGAGGAAGCACGCUCAUCAAGGACCCCGCAAGUGCCAAUAACGAGCAAGAGUGGCCCGUCCGACAGCUGGCAAACCUGUGCUCCAAGGCCGGGACGCGGUAUGGUUACAUCCAGACGGACCAGGAGCUCGUGGCUUGCUGCUUUGGCGCCACACCACCUUCGAAAUCGGCCGAAGCGUGGUCUGACUGGACGGCCCGCGUUAUGCCGGUGCCCUGGAACACGGAACUGGACGAGCUGGGCGAGAUGAGCAACGGGCCACGCGCUGGGCUCAACUCCUACCUGACCACGGAGCUGGCCCUGUGGUGGCUCUGUAUGCUGUCGCUGAGCGAUGGCCACCGCCAGCUCGUCAAGAAUGACGAGAUUGUCCCCAUUGAUACCUGGGACACUCUCGGGCUGAUCGAUGGGAGUGUAUGGGCUCAUCAACACCGGUAUUCGGCCUUUGUGAAGCCAACGGCGGAUCCAACAAUACAGGCCGCUGUAACUGUCGGUGGAAUUGCCGGUGGAGAAAGCAUGCCGACACCUUCUCUGGGCAACGUGAAUGUCGACGUUCGUCUGCAGACCGACUUUUGGUUUCAUUACAAUAAUGGAAACUGA